GGACCACCCACCACCACCACCACCACCCACGACUCCACCAGCAGGACACGGCAGCUCUUCCUCUCCCUCCCCUCCCCUCCCCUCCCAGCACCUCCGGCGAUCCCACCCCGAGAUCCCCCCACCCCGACCCGCGCGCCGCGCGGGGGCCCGGCGGGCUCGGACCGCCCUCGCUCUGCCGCGCGGAGUCGACCCAGGAGGACGACCGCCAGGGCCAUUCCGCGCCCCCCCUGCUCGCGCGGCUGACGGCGAGCGGCCAUGAAUUUCCUCUACCGGGCCGCGCAGCCCGAGCUGCCGCGGAUCCCCGAGCAGCAGGGGGUCCUCAAGACCCUGGAGGGCCUCAUCGCCGACGAUCCGCUCCGCAUCUCCGCCGUGGCGGAAGACGACGAAGCUGCCAGCAACGGAGCCGGGGAGAUCGGCGGCGACACCGCUGCUACCUCUCCCUCCGCUUCUUCAGAUUCGAAAAGUACAGCUCCGGCCGGGAAGCACAGCGACGUUUCCCAGGACGAAGGGUGGAUCACGAUUCCCAACAAGGAGCUUCCUGGGGAUUGGAGUGAGGUUUCGGACAUGCUGCAGCUGCGGCCUUUGGAUCGCCCCUUCCUUUUUCCUGGCGAGCAGGUCCAUAUACUGGCGUGCCUAUCAGCCUCUAAGCAAGAUAUGACCUGCAUAUCUCCGUUUAGAAUUGCUGCCGUGAUGUCUAAGAGUGGAAAUUCGCCGCGGCACCCCACAAAUAAAUCUAGCUCUGUCAGUGAGAAUGGGGAUGCCAAUGGAACAGCCGGAGAAAAUAGUUCUCACGGUGUCGAGGAUAACAUGGAGAGUGUUGAACUCAAUGACAAAGUAUCUUCUCCUUCAAAACAAGAUAUCCUGGAGACUGAAUCCCUCCUUCGGAUGGAAGAUCACAAAGAGCAAAUAGAAACCGUGCUGCAAAAAUUCAAAAGAUCUAACUUUUUUGUCCGAAUCGCGGAGUCAGAUGAACCUCUCUGGUCCAAGAAAAGAGUAGCUGCAACUAAGACGGCAGAUGAACAAUUAUAUUCGGAUAGCCAGGGAAAUAACACAGUUUCAAGGAGUACUGCUUACAAUACCAUUUCUGAUAAAGGAGUUUUUGAUGGUAGCACAUCCGGAGGAGUCGCUCGGGAUACUGUAAGGUGCUAUGCUCUGCAGAAUGGAGACAUCGUGGUUGUUUUGCAAGUGAAUGUUGGUGUUAGCAAUAUGGUAGAUCCAGUGCUUGAAGUUCUUCAAUUUGAGAAGUGUACAUCAAGCAAUUAUAUGCGUGAGAAUCUUGUAAACGGGCUUCCUAAUGGUUAUGAGGAUCCUUGUCAGGAGCUGCUUAGCUGGUUGCUCCCUUUAGAUCGCACACUACCUCCUCCUCGUUCUUUAUCACCUCCUACUCUCAAUCCCAGUAUAUCACACAAGCAAUCUUUUUCUGCUUCUGGGUCUCAAAUAUUUUCGUUAAGUCAUUUCAGAAGCUAUUCAAUGCCUUCAUCCUCCUUUGCCCUUGCCCAGCUUCCCAACAUAAGAUCACCCCCAAUAUCUGAAAAUCAAGAAUUUGUGCCUGAAAAGCCUGCAAAAACACCUGAUGUUAUAAAUGAUGGGCAGCUUUCCUUUAGAGGAGUUCCUUUGGAGCCUGAACGGUAUUCUGUACGCUGUGGUCUAGAAGGUGUAUAUCUACCAGGGAAAAGAUGGUCAAGAAAAGUUGAAAUAAUUCAACCAAUUGAAGUUCAUUCUUUUUCUGCCAAAUGUACUGCAGAAAAUCUUCUUUGUGUCUUAAUAAAGAACAUUGCUCCACGGCAUGUGCAAGACAUAGUUGUAUUCAUAGAUGCAAUUACUGUUGUCUUUGAGGAGGCAUCCAAAGGAGGUUCUCCUUUAUCUCUACCAAUUGCCAGUAUUGAGGUCGGACAUGGUCACAGUUUACCAAAUCUGUCACUCAGGCGGGGUGAAGAACACUCGUUUAUUUUGAAGCCAGCAAUUAUGUCCUCCAGGGAUCGGAGGAUCAACAGUGAUGUACCUCUGACUUUGUCACUCCCAAAGAUGAGUGGAGCUGCCACAAAUACUUCCACGCCUAGGGUUAGCGAGCUCAGCGCUGGUCUUACCGAUCAGUAUGCUGUACUUAUAUCAUAUCGCUGCAAUUAUACAGAAUCAAAACUUUUCUUCAAGCAAGCCACAAGCUGGCAACCCUGUGCAGCUAGUGAUCUUAUGAUCUCUGUGUCUUCUGAACUGUCAUUACGAAAUCCUAGCCCGAGUGCUCGAGUUCCUCAACUCCCCGUGCAGGUCUUAACCCUUGAAGCUACUAAUAUGACUUCAGAAAACCUCACAUUAACUGUUCUUGCUCCAGAAGCAUCUGGUUCUUCUUCAGUUGUAUCAUUGAACUCAGCUCCAACCACACCAGAUGGUUCUUAUUAUAAUCUUAAUGAGCCUAUGAGAAGGUCUGGCUUGGGAAAACAUGGAACUGGUUUUCGGAGACUGAAUUCAGUUGUUGUCGGAUCUCCAAAAGAAAGUGACAAUGGAGGAAAUAGAAUGAGCACUUCAGCAGGCUGUACUCAUUUGUGGUUGCAGAGUGCAGUUCCCCUAGGGUGUGUUCCUGCACGGUCAAGCACCACUGUCAAGCUCGAGCUACUCCCGUUAACAGACGGGAUCAUUACACUAGAUACAUUGCAAAUAACCAUAAAGGAGAAAGGUCUUACGUACAUACCGGAGCACUCCUUGGAGAUACACGCAUCGUCUGCCAUCUCAGCAGGAAGGUCAUAGUAGGAAUUAGCAGAGUAUUAAUUACUCUAUGUCUUCUGUGGUUGAACCCCUCUGCGUGGAGUGCAAGUCCAACUGUGCAGCUGCUCAUCUGAAUUGGAAUGUUGGACAUGGCAGCUCAUACAGCAGGAUCCAGGAGCCGAGGCAGCCAGAUACUGCUGUUUCUGCCGAAGGCGAUGAUCUCCACAUCAACUGGAUAAGCUGAGACCAGCGAAUUGUGUUAUCCCUGUUUGCAUAUAUGCAUUUAUACGUGGAGCUCUGAGUGAUUGGGCAGGCUUGGAAAAAAACUGUAAUGUUGUGUUUCAUAGUUUUGAUAUCAUUUUUGUGGUUUUCCAUUCUUUUUGGUUACAUGUAAACCUGGCGCUUGGCCUUGUCUUAGUUGGCGGGAGUAUGUAUCAUGUGAUGUACUGUCGGAAAAAUGAGAAAUUUACGCAUCAUCAGUUUCAUCUUUUC